AUGGAAUCCCUCCCGUGAGAGUGGUUCCUUUCUGAAUGUCCUUGGAUCAGCCUGGAUUGAAGUGUGUAUGUCUUCUGUGUGACUCUUCAAACUUUACCUGCCAAACUGAAGGAGCAUGCUGGGCUUCAGUUAUGUUGGCCAAUGGAAAAGAGCAGGUGAUCAAGUCCUGUGUCUCUCUCCCAGAACUGAAUGCUCAAGUCUUCUGCCAUAGUUCCAACAAUGUUACCAAAACCGAAUGCUGCUUCACAGACUUUUGCAACAAUAUAACACUGCACCUUCCAAUGGCAUCUCCGAAUGCCCCCAAACUUGGACCCAUGGAGUUGACCGUUGUCAUUACUGUGCCAGUCUGCCUCCUGUCCUUGGCCACAGUUCUGACCAUCUGGGCAUGCCAAGGUCGACCGUGCACAAACAGGAAGAAAAAGAGACAGAAUGUGGAGGAACCCCUCUCCGAGUGCAAUCUGGUAAAUGCUGGAAAAACUCUCAAAGAUCUGAUUUAUGAUGUGACUGCCUCUGGAUCUGGCUCUGGUCUACCUCUGUUGGUUCAAAGAACAAUUGCAAGGACGAUCGUACUUCAGGAGAUAGUGGGAAAAGGUAGAUUUGGUGAGGUCUGGCAUGGAAGAUGGUGUGGGGAAGAUGUGGCUGUAAAAAUCUUCUCCUCCAGAGAUGAAAGAUCUUGGUUUCGGGAAGCAGAAAUUUAUCAGACAGUUAUGCUGCGACAUGAAAACAUACUUGGUUUCAUUGCUGCUGACAACAAAGAUAAUGGAACUUGGACUCAACUUUGGCUUGUCUCCGAAUAUCAUGAACUGGGUUCCUUAUAUGACUAUUUGAAUAGAAACAUAGUGACCGUGGCUGGCAUGAUCAAACUGGCUCUUUCAAUAGCUAGUGGCCUGGCCCACCUACAUAUGGAGAUCGUUGGCACACAAGGUAAACCUGCUAUUGCUCAUCGAGAUAUAAAAUCAAAGAAUAUCUUAGUGAAAAAAUGCGAAACAUGUGCCAUAGCAGACUUAGGGCUGGCUGUGAAGCAUGAUUCAAUACUGAACACAAUUGACAUACCUCAGAAUCCUAAAGUGGGAACCAAAAGGUAUAUGGCUCCUGAAAUGCUGGAUGAUACAAUGAAUGUGAAUAUCUUUGAGUCUUUCAAACGAGCUGACAUCUAUUCUCUUGGUCUGGUUUAUUGGGAAAUAGCCCGAAGGUGUUCAGUUGGAGGAAUUGUUGAGGAGUACCAGUUGCCUUAUUAUGACAUGGUGCCUUCAGAUCCUUCAAUAGAGGAAAUGAGGAAGGUUGUUUGUGACCAGAAGUUUCGGCCAAGUAUCCCAAACCAGUGGCAAAGCUGUGAAGCCCUCCGAGUCAUGGGGAGAAUAAUGCGGGAAUGUUGGUAUGCCAAUGGGGCAGCCCGCCUAACGGCCCUUCGUGUUAAGAAGACUAUCUCUCAACUUUGUGGCAAAGAAGACUGCAAAGCCUAAUGAUGAUGAUUCUGUUAAAAAGAAAUCUCUUACAGAUUUUUUUUUCCUCAUUUUCCCUCUUUAUGUGAAUGUUUUUGCCUUUUUGGUUGUCGUUCUACCUCAAAGAUAAUGCAGUACACUAUUUAAGAGCCCAAAGGCAGCAUGGAAAAAAUAACUGAAGUUAAGCAUGGGCAGGAUUGACUUCAUCCCAUCUCUGUGUUGUCUUUAAUUUUCUUUUGAAAAGCACCACAUCAGUUCAUCUUUUUAUUUAAUAAGAGAGAUA